AUGGAGACGCGGCCACAGUAUCUCGAGGAGCAAUUGCACAGAAAGGAAUCGGAAGUCUCUGAACUGCAUAGGACUCUCCAUGAAGUCGGGGCUAAAUUCAUUCAGCUCGAACACGCUUUUAAAACUAACUUGCAGCUACAGGCUAGGCGAGAAGCUGUAUUAGAACGUUUUAGAAACGAAAGUCAAGAGCUCCGGAAGCUUAAUAGCGACGCUCUACAAACGACAACAGAAUUGAGUUCGAGACUAAUGAAUGCCAUCAUCGAGAGGGAUCAUUGGAAAAACACUUUCCUGCAACAGAGAGAAUUCAUCAUGAGAAACAAAAUUAAAUACGAGGACACGAUAGCUUCGGUGAAACAGGAAUGCGAAGAUAUUUUGAAGAUAUCACGAGAAACUGCAGAGAAACAAUUUCAUGAACUAAUCGAGCUGUACAAUGGAACUAGAGAGAAGAUGCAGCAAAAAUAUCAUGUACAGGUUAAAGUACUUGAAGCUAUUACAUGUAGUAAUUACUUCUAUAGGGACAAAAUUACAUACAUUUCCAUAGUACAUAUAUGUUCUUACAGAUCUUACGUGUUCACAUUUCUGGUCGAUUUACGUUCAAAGUUGACAUUCCAUGCACCUGCAGCAUGUACUUCGUUAUUGUAUCUUGUAACGCAAUUUUGGUCGGUGAGAUUAAACUUUCAUCUUCUCAAUAAGGUGAUCCGACUAGAGGAAGAGAUGGGGACGUAUCAAAGCUGUCGACGCGAGCACGAAAACCGUACUUUCGAGCUAGCUAACCUACUUGAAACUUUAAACCGUUUCGACGUGGAUGUCAGCUCUGUCUGUCAACUUGUGGCAGAAGCUUUGAAGAACUUGACCGAACCAGGAAACUUAUUCGAAGGAAGUAUGAAGAGCCUGAGACACCUCACUUGGACCAUACAAGAUCGGACGGAUCAAACAGGACUGGUAUUGUUACAAAAGCAGAAUGCUGUUUUGAAAGAGGUCGUGAAGUGUCUCAAGAAAAAGGUUAGCUUUUCCUUACAUUUAGCGCAACAAGAAUUGUGUAACGAAAUCCCAGAAAGAGAAUCUGAACAUGAGAAUUGUUCCACUUCUCAUGAAAUGGAAACGAAUUCAAAAAGCUGUAAUGAAAACUCUCUGAGAAGGUUCGCGAUUGCCGAGAACCAUACCGAAAGUGAAAAUUUACAGAAAUCAACAAUGGCAAAAGCUGAAAAUAAUGAAUUUACUGGCGAAUAUAAACCGAUGAACGCGUGCGAUCGUGUAUUCUGCAUACAAUCGCAUUCAAAUGGCCAGUCAUACGAAGAAUACAUUUUCAAAUUGUCGAUCAAUAGGGAAAUUAAACUGAAAUGUCCGGUUAUAUUAGAUGAUACUGAGAAAAUCGUUCGAAUGGAAUUCAUCGACAACGAAGCCGAAUACGAUAAUGCACCGUUAGAACGAAUUAUAAUAUUCUUUAAAAAUAUACACGCAUCCGUGAACGUCAAACAAACCGGUAUACCCUGUAGUACGCAAACGACAAGAUUGAGAACAUCGAACAGGUCGACGCAAACAGCAGUAGUAGGAAUAAAAUCGUUUCUACGUCUGAACGCUGGGAACACGAUGCUCAAUAGCGAAAAACGUGCGAUAGAGAGGAGUCUCUGCAAUUUGGAACGAACUGUCAACACCCUAAAAUUCAACGCUUUGGAUCAAGCUCGAACCAUGAUCGACAAGGAUACACAAUUAUCGUGGAAACAGUGAAUUGUUCGAUUGGAUCCAGGUGUUGAGUCGAUAAUUCUAUGCAUAGCGAUACCUAUCAUUCUGGGAGGUGCAGAAAUGCCUAACAUUACAAUGAUAUUCGUAACGUGUAACAGUAUUCAGCUAGGUUUUGAGUAAUCGUAAUAAUACUUUAGCUAUUUAAUUGUACGUAAAAAAAUACCGCUACGAGCAACUGGUAAAGACAAUCGCGCAUUUAGAGAGAUAUUAAUUGUUAGGUUAACAAUCGUUUAAAAAUGUUAUUCGGAUAAAUUUUCCAAGAUAACAAUGCUCGCGCCAUGUGCAUACAUUGUCGAUGCACAAUGUGUACAUAGUUGUAUGUUUAACCGCAUUUAAAAGUUUAAUAAUAAUCACACUAGUUUGAAUAAGAAUUUGAAUAUGCUUUAUUUGAAUUUUAUCAAAGAUAGAAGUGCAGCCUACUAUAUUCACAUAUGUCAAUGAAUCAGUUUUUAAUCAAUAUCAAAAAACACUUAUUUCGCUAAAAUCGAAGUGCGACAUCAUUGCUGAUACGUACGUGCAAAAUUCAUUAAAAAUGCAAAAUGCAAUCCGUGGAAAAAUACAUACAUGUGCAAACUUUAGAAGUUAAACAUUUGGUACAGUUCGUUCGCAUGUACAAUUCGUUAACAUUCGGUUGAUCGUUCUGUAUCCAAGUUGACAUUAGAAAAAGACAAAAAAUAUUAAUAAUUAAUUUAUAUUCUCUUUAAAUAACAAUGAAAACCUGAUUCGUAAUAAACUACAUCUUAUAAUUAUAUUUAUUUGACUUGGCAAAUAAAAUAAAUAUUUUCAGCA